AUGGAGAUGUCUGACGAAGCUCAAGAUACAGUUACCCCAGAUUGCAAACUCGAGCUGAAACCUUACGUUGGUCAGACUAUUGUAUGCAACAGGCAAGAUGAAAAGUGGGAUGUCGACGAAGAGGGUAGUUCUACCAAACGUAGACGUCGUUCUAGCAGAUGUCAUUGCAAUGCCAAACUUACGUUGAAGUAUUCAAUCGAUUCCGGCAGUCCUCGCUAUGUUGUUAGCAACUUUGUAGAACUAGACAAUCACGAGAUGGUCGAUAAAAAGCAUGAGUUCCUGGGUGACUAUGAUUCUGUUGGUUGCACCGUUACUGACAUACGGAAUGGCAAGCGUGACAUAUUGCAAGAAAUGAAAGGCGCUGAUGUCCAAAUGAUUUUAAAUCAAAUGGAGGAGAAGAAGAACACCUGUGAUGGUUUCCAUUACGAAUUCCAGCAAGGUAGUAAUGGGAAGUUACUUAGUCUUUUUUGGUGUGACGCUGUGUUGCGAAAUAACUACAAGAUGUUCGGUAACAUUGUAUCCUUUGAUACUACGUACUCAACAAACAGGUAUUGCAUGGUGUUUGGGCCAUUCACUGGAAAAGAAAACCCCAGAUGCCCUGUUACGUUUGGCGUCGGCUUCGUGUCAAAUGAGGGCGCUGACUCAUUCUCUUGGUUGCUCAGUGAGUUUGUCGAAUGUAUGGGUUUCACGCCUAAGUUGAUAAUAACCGACCAGGAUUGGGGGAUGAAACUUGCUAUAGAACAGUUGUUAUUUGAGAAACACGUAGCGGCUAUGCAUACAGAUCGCAUCUUUCAGCAAGUUCAAGAUGAGAUCGUCGAGGCUCAUCGACAUUGCAGAAUGUCUCACUUUGAGAUAGAGGACAAUACUGAUAUUUACACAAUAGUGGACAACCAUCGGAACAAAGGUGUCGUCCGUCAUGAAGUUGGCACCGAAUCGUACCACUGCGAUUGCAAGUUGUUUCUGCGGCGUGGAAUAUCAUGUUGCCACAUUUUCUGGUUGUUCAAAAACCAUGACAUGAAAGAAAUACCAGAAACAUAUCUUGGUACAAGGUGGCUGAAGACGUCUUUGUUGAAAUCAGUAUACAAUGAUCCUAGUGAGGAGGCAUCAUCAUCUUCAGCUUCACACGUGGAUGAUAAACAUGUUGUAGCAACCAAACUACAUUCAUUAUACUUUCAUCUAUUUCAACGAGCACAGAGCAAUGGCGAGGACAUUUAUGCAUUAUUCGACGGAAUGGAAGAGCUAAGUCAAAAACUCUUCGGGGAUACAGUACCUUCAGUGUCUUCCAUGAGUAAAGAACAAAGGAUUGAGAAUCUGUACGGGUCAGCUCGACCGAGUGUUGUUAGCGUGAACCCUCCCAAUGUAGUCAGUACAAAGGGAUCAUGCAGCAGGUCUGGAAGAAGAAAUUGA